AUGAGUAAUGAUACUAGUUAUGACCCAAACACUGAUCCAAAUGCCCCUUACGUAGAUUACGGUGUGAAUCCAGAGUUUACACAGGACAUUGAACAUUUUCGAUUAGAAGCAACUUACGACAAAUUAAAUUUUUAUCUAAGCAUUAUAAGUAUUUCAUGUGGUUUCUUGGUAUUAUUUAUCAUGACCAUUAUGUGGCUUUAUGAUAGAAAGUUGGUCGAUCGUGUAUCAUUGAGGUUGACUGCAAUGAUUUCCUUUGUGGAUAUGUUAAAUGGUGGAACUGUGUUGGCGUACACGCUAUGGAUUCCUGUAGAUGGUACAUUAUGCACUGCUAUUGGAUUUGGAAUGAGUUUUUUCCCUCAGUUAUAUUUAUUUCUAACUGUUAUGAUUGCAUUCAAUCUACAGGUUGUUUUUCUUCACAGAAGAAAAGUUUCAAGAUUUUCAGAUAGAUGGUAUGUUCCGGUAGCGUUUCUAACAGCAUUAAUUAUAAACAUACCACCGCUAGUCUAUAAUAGAUUUGGCUUUGACAUUGAUGUCAUUGAUUGUUUAUACAGAGAAGGUUAUUCCGAGGCAACAAGAUGGUGGUCAAUUUUAACAUUUUUCAUUCCAAUAACAAUAUCAAUGAUUUAUUGUACAACGGUUUUGAUGAUUGUGGUGUGUAAAUUGAUCUUUGAACAUCGUCAAUUGGCAGAAGUCAUACAAUCUUCAAAAAGCAAUAAAACCUUAUCAGUAAAAGCCAGACACAAAAAAUUAUUAUUGUUAAAAUUGGUUAGUCGUAUUUCUCUUUAUGCGUUAAUACCUUUGCUCAAUGUAAGCGGUAUCUUGGUGGAACUUAUUUAUACUUCAGUGCACAAAAAAAAUCGAACCGAGCCUCAGGCUAUAAUUUUUUGGUCAAUUAUUGGAACAUGUUCUCCUGGAAUUUUUAAUUUUUUUGCAUUCGUAUUCGAUCCAGCUUUACAUAAUGGUUUUAGAAGGUAUAAAAGAGUUUUGGUGGAUAGUUAUGGCUUUGUGAAGCCGUUCGACGACGAUAAUAGCAAAGCAACUGUCUCUUUAAAUAGUCCACCAUUGUCACCAUCAGAAUUUAGAACUUUUAGAAAUUCAUCAUUAACAUUACCCCCAAUAACACCACUACAAAAAUCAUCAUCACCAAUCCUAAACGAGAAUAUAAACGCCCAAUGGUUUUGGUUCUUGAUCAAAGUAGACCGCAUUGCUAAGAAGGACCAAGAAUUUCUUGGGAUACUCCAAGAUUUUGCAAAGGACUGCGCAGAUAAACACGCAUUUGUCAUUAUAUUUGUCGCAACUCGUUCUGCCUGGUCGCGAGCAAUUAUUCCCUUAGAAGUUGGUGAUAUCUCAGAUGAAGAAGCCGUAAAAUUACUUAAAGAUUCUGGUACUGACCAAAAAACUGCUGAAGAUGCAGUGAAAUACCUGACCGGUGGACGGUUUGCUUUAUUGACUCAGUUCCAAUCAUUGAGUCGAUAUCCUAAAAUUUUGUUUGAAGAAUUCAAGGAGCAACUGUUCACGCAGGUUAAGAGAGAUUUGGAUAUGGUGGAACUUCCUGAAAACCAUGAAUUUUUCAUAAAGCUUAUCGAAAUACAUCGUAUUGGCAUUCAGCAAGCUAAAACAAUUAUACCUCUCAACAUGCUUCGCAAACUUGUCAAGGCUAACAUUCUCAAAGAACAUCAGGACUACACAGUGUCCUUUCAUUCACAUUAUAUCGAUACCUACUUUAAAGAGAGAGUAGGAGUGGAAGGAGGUUUUGAGUUGAAUAUGGUAAAAGGACGACGAUGUUCUUCACUGAUGACCCUCUUAGACUCUUGUAAUAUUCCAUAUGAGAAGAACCAAUGGAAGAAACAAGAGCCAAUAGAUCCAAUGACGAUGAUUGGUGAUAGAACACAACAGGCACACAUAAAGGCAGAUAGAAAAUAG